AUGGUCCGGGUGGGAUCACAGAUGAAGUAUCUGGGACUCACCAUCGACAGCCAGUGGACGUUCGAGCCGCACUUCGACUCACUGAUCCCGAAGGUGUCAGCGGCUGCCAAUGCCCUGUGCGGCCUACCACCGAACAUCGGCGGGGCCGGAGACGCGGUGCGCCGACUUUACGAGGGGGUCGUUCGGUCACGAGUGAUGUACGGGGCCCCAGUAUGGGCGGACGACCUGAUGGCAAGCCGUCGCAGCAUUCUGCUCCUGAGAAGGCUGCACAGAAUGACCGCCAUCAGAAUCAUUAGGGGAUACCGGACGGUGUCGCACGCGUCGGCGUCCACCCUAGCCGCGCCCCCCCCCCCCCCCGUGGGAGCUGCGGGCGCUGGCGCUCAAAAAGAGAUACACCCGCCGGAGAGAAUGGCACCCGGGAGAAGACCCCACCGAGCAGGCGGCUCCAAACGACACAGGAACCGCCGAGGAGGACACAUGGAACCUGUGGCGAUCCCAACUGAUCAACGGGAGAAGCGAACACCAAGGCGCGGAUGCGGUCCUACCAAACUGGGGGGCAUGGAGUAG